CUCGCCAGGAAGCUGUUCUUCAUAAGGUUGUUGUUCUGUCCUCCGUGAAACUGAAAGUGUCAGAUCAGCAAAAGAUCAACAAUCAAACGCCCAUCAGAAAGCCUACUGAAUCUUUUCAAAAACUCCGGAUCGCAGAGGUAUUAUACAUUGAGCCAGCUCUGGCUUACACAUGGUUGAGUUGGAGACAGUGGAUAUAACCUGACAAAAGAUGGCAUGUGUAGAUGAACCACCAGAGAAGCAUUGCUGGGUGUGUUUUGCCACUGAAAAGGAGGACCGUGCUGCAGAAUGGGUGAGCCCGUGUCGCUGUAAGGGUUGUACAAAGUGGAUCCAUCAGACUUGCUUACAGCGAUGGCUCGAUGAGAAACAGAAGGGCAACAGCGGUGGAGCUGUGAGCUGCCCACAAUGUGGAACAGAAUAUCGGAUAGUUUUUCCCAAAAUGGGGCCUGUGGUCUACUUCCUUCAGCAGGUCGAUAGAGCUCUAUCUCGGGUCAGCCCAUUCGCUGCGGCUGGAGUCGUUGUGGGCACUGUCUAUUGGUCAGCCGUCACCUAUGGUGCCGUCACAGUUAUGCAGGUUGUGGGCCAUAAGAAGGGUUUAGAUGUGAUGGAGCGUGCAGACCCUCUCUUCCUGCUCAUGGGUUUGCCCACCAUUCCUGUCAUGCUGGUACUGGGAAAAAUGAUACGCUGGGAGGAUUACAUUGUGCGGAUGUGGCAGCGUCAUUCAUCCAAACUUCAGAUCUUUAGUGGGCUUGUCCCUGGAAUGGGGCGUCCUCUGCCCCGGGUCCCAGCGGAGGGUAGUUACGGCGGAGACCAUCUCUCUGUAUCUCGCACCCUGUGCGGUGCUCUGAUCUUCCCCUCUAUCGCCAACCUGGUUGGCCGUCUUCUGUUCCGAAGAGUCACGUCUAACCUACAGCGGACUAUCCUGGGUGGCAUUGCCUUCGUUGUGAUCAAGGGUGUGCUUAAAGUGUAUUUUAAACAGCAGCAGUACCUCACCCAGGCCAACAGACACAUCCUGAAUUAUCCCGAACCGGAGAGAAGAGCAGACGGCACUGUUGAAAGCGGCAACGACGACAGUGGCAAUGAAUGAAGACCAUGCACUCGUGGCAAACAAAUCAACAAAUGCACUGUAGUAUAGGAUUCUCCAUUUGUUCAGAAUUGAAAAUCCACAAUUGCAGAUGUUUUAAAGACAUUGUACUUCUGUUUUUCAAGGCCCUAAUUCUGUGUUCAAAUGCACUCACUUUGCUACAUAUUCAUUGGUGAACCCAAGAAUUGCUGGGACAUUGUCUUCUCUGUGAGAUGCUGGUUUUAUUGGGCUGUUAAAGUGCCUGUAAUAGCAAAGUACAGCGUUAGAUGGCGCCAAAUGUAAGGGUAGUAAUAUUGCACUGUGCACUUGUGUGGCCUGUGAAGAAAUGCAUUUAAUUUAGACUGAUGACAUACCAGCAUAGUCACCAUAUUGCAAUAUAAUUUAUUGAUUUUGAAUGACGUUAUCACACACUGGCUCUUUAAAAAAAUAUCUAGAAAAAUAAAGACAACAUAUAACGAACAAUAA